GAUUUCAGAAACAUUUUUCAAAACAGUGACGGAUGCAUUCACUACGAAAAUGGCCCCUUGGCUUCUACGCAAUGCGCGAAAUAUAGAUGGUCAAGGUAGAAACGGAAGAAGAAGCGCACGUUAGCUGAAAGAAAAAGUUUCACAGCGACCGGACUGGCCGUGGAUCGGUCCCUGUCUAUUUACAGAGGAAGAACCGAAAUUCGCAGAUAAUUCUAGACAAAGAUGUGGGUGUUCUAUCUGAUCUCGUUGCCUCUAACCCUAGGCAUGGUGUUAUGGACUUUGAGGUACUUCGCUGGACGGGAAGUGCCUCGCUAUGUUCUAUUCACCGUGGGAUACACCUGGUUUUGUUCUCUCUCCAUCAUUAUCCUUGUACCUGCCGAUAUCUGGACGACAAAAUUUCAACUUCCAAAUGCAGGAAUAUCUUUCUUUUGGAGCUGGUCAUAUUGGAGUACAUUUCUACUUACUUGGGCUGUGGUGCCCCUUAUUCAGGGUUUUGAAGAUGCUGGCGACUUCACUGUGAAAGAAAGAUUGAAGACUAGUGUACAUGUGAACUUAGUCUUUUAUUUAAUUGUUGGAUCAAUUGGCCUUUUUGGACUUGUUCUCCUUAUCAUGAUGAGCAAAAAUUGGGGUGAAAAUAUUCUAGGCUUUGCCAUGGGUUGCUCGAAUACCUUUGGACUGGUGACUGGUGCAUUUCUUCUUGGUUUUGGUUUGAGUGAAAUUCCCAAGAGCAUGUGGAGAAAUUCACAUUGGACUAUCCGCCAGAAGGUUCUUUCUCACAAGAUUGCUAAAAUGGCUCUGAAACUUGACGAGGCUCAUCAAGAGCUAUCAAAUACUAUUGUUGUUGCUCAAGCAACAUCCAAUCAAAUGUCCAAGCGUGAUCCUUUGAGAUCGUACAUGAAUGUUAUUGAUAAUAUGUUAACUCAAAUGUUUAAGGAAGAUCCAUCCUUCAAACCGCAAGGCGGUCGGUUGGGUGAGAAUGAUAUGGACUACGAUACAGAUGAGAAAUCAAUGGCAACUCUCAGGCGUCUUCUUCGGGGAGCUAGAGAGGAGUAUUAUCGAUACAAAAGUGAGUACAUGACUUAUGUCAUUGCGGCUCUUGAACUGGAAGAUACAAUAAAAAAUUAUGAACGCCGCAGCUCAACUGGAUGGAAGUACAUUUCAAGCUUCAGACCAGGCCGAAAAGGGAAAUUGGGGGCCCUCUUAGAUACAAUUGAAUUCAUUGGGCGAUGCAUCCUAAGAAAGCAGCUUGAGAAGUUAUUGGCUAUCAUCCUAGGUAUUAUGUCAGCCGCAAUUCUUUUAGCUGAGGCAACUUUACUUUUCACUGGAGUUGACUUGUCUCUCUUCUCAAUCCUCAUAAGUGCGGUAGGAAAGCAAGAGGUGCUUGUGCAGGUCUCUGCUUUUGUACCUCUGAUGUAUAUGUGUGUCUGCACAUACUAUUCCUUGUUCAAAGUUGGAAUGUUGAUGUUUUACUCAUUCACGCCUAGACAAACGAACUCUGUCAGCUUGCUUAUGAUAUGCUCGAUGGUUGCACGAUAUGCUCCGCCGAUUUCAUACAAUUUUCUCAAUCUUAUUAGUCUCAGUGCCGAUGAUAAGAAGCAGACUAUAUUUGAAAAGCGAAUGGGAAACAUUGAUUCAGUGGUCCCGUUCUUUGGAGCUGGAUUUAACCAAAUUUAUCCACUUAUCAUGGUUAUAUACACCUUGUUGGUUGCAAGCAAUUUCUUUGACCGCAUAUUUGGUUUAUUUGGGACUUGGAAGAGAUUUAGAAUCGAAAAUGAGGCAGACGACAUGGACGGAUUCGAUCCAUCUGGAUUAAUAAUCCUACAAAGAGAAAGAUCUUGGCUUGAACAAGGGCAGAAAGUUGGUGAGCAUGUUGUUCCACUGGCAAGAAAUUUUAACAACAUGGAUGUCGAGUCUGGAAGCAGUUUCACAGAUGGAACUGCUGUAGAGAUGAAGAGAGCGACCAGUUCCAUCACUAAUGGAGGAAGUGGAAGUUCAUCAAGACCUGUGAAGGAAGAGGCUCGUAAAUAUGGUACUAGCAAAGAAGCCGUCAGUAACAAGUAUGCUAUCUUUAAAGAACAGGGUAAACUAGCGUCUGAUGUGAAGGCCCCGGAGAAGAACAUUGCAACUGCUGAAGUCUCCUUGCUUGACUUAGGCAACUCAGAUAAAACAAGUGGAAGGCCACCUUCUGGUUUGUCCUCAACAUGGGAAUCAAUGAAGAACGGUUUCCAGAAUUUCAAAGCAAAUGUAGAGGCCAAAAAGUUUCUUCCUUUGCGGAAAGUUCAGGAAAGUCAAUUGAUCUCUCGUGUUUCGUCAUCCGAGUCCCUAGAUGAGAUAUUUCAAAAACUGAAACGGCCAUCUGCUGAUCAGGGCAGCGAUAGUGAUGGGGAUGAAGACGGGAAUACAACACACACUAGGAUAUCUGGCCCUGCCAGAUAAUGCUGUUUGGUCAAGGAAUUUGCUUAGCUACAGCCGUAGAAACUGGGACCCGAAUGUACAGAUUUUGGACAAAGAUCACACAGGUUAUACCAAUUUUUUCCUUGCUGUUGGAUCGCCAAAUGUACCUGAAGAUUGCCAUACUGAGAUUGCUUACAUUAUCAGAAGUCUCCCUUCAGAAAUUGGAAAACAGAGCAUCCUGUGAAAGUAAUCAUGUAUAAGGGGAUCUGAUAAUGUCAGUUUUACAAUAAAAAAUUAUACAUCAACCAUAUCGGAGGCUGGAUACUGGACAUUUGUAUUCAAAUACUUUUUUUGUUGUAGGAAAUGAAAGUCUUGCUGUUCUACCACUUGUUAUCAUUGGACUUCAAUAGGAGAGUAUCUCUUGUACUUCAAAACUUAAUGGGCCUUUGAUGUUUCAGGGCCCCUCAUCUGCUCAAGUGUUAUUGUUUUGCCAUUAGUUGUUGUCUUGUGUUCAGUUUGCAAUCAUUUAGGAUUUGUACUUGUUACUA